AUGAGCGCGAGUCGGAACCCUCCCGCGCGUUCAGCUCGCCUGCACGCGCGCUACUUACCACGGCUUAUGUUUAUUUUCCUGCUGUUUCUUUCUUUAGUACAAGCCCAACCUGAGCGUGCUGUGGCAUUUGAUCACUUGGAGAACGUCACUCAUACGGUUACCCGGAUUCUCGACGGCUACGAUAUCCGUCUACGUCCUAACUUUGGCGGCAAUCCGCUUUACGUCGGCAUGGAUUUAACCAUUGCUAGUUUCGACGCUAUAUCCGAAGUUAACAUGGACUAUACAAUAACCCUUUAUCUAAAUCAAUAUUGGAAGGAUGAAAGGCUGGCUUUCGGUUUACAAGAAGAGGUCCUUACCUUAUCCGGAGACUUUGCUGAUAAAAUUUGGGUGCCGGAUACAUUCUUUGCAAAUGAUAAGAAUAGUUUUCUCCACGAUGUAACGGAACGUAACAAGCUGGUACGCCUCGGCGGCGACGGAAGCGUGACUUACGGCAUGCGUUUCACGGCCACCCUCGCUUGCAUGAUGGACUUGCAUUACUACCCCCUUGAUAGCCAGAACUGCACCGUCGAGAUUGAAAGCUAUGGCUACACAGUAUCAGACGUGGUGAUGUAUUGGAAGGAAACACCAGUACGAGGUGUCGAAGAUGCUGAACUGCCGCAAUUUAGUAUUCUGGGACAUGAGACUAAUGACAGAAAGGAGAAGUUGGCUACAGGCGUUUAUCAACGAUUAUCUCUCAGCUUUAAGUUACGCAGGAAUAUUGGAUACUUUGUAUUCCAAACCUACCUUCCAAGUAUUUUGAUUGUAAUGCUAUCUUGGGUAUCAUUUUGGAUUAACCAUGAGGCUACUUCGGCUAGAGUAGCUUUAGGUAUCACAACUGUUCUUACGAUGACUACUAUAAGCACAGGAGUGCGAAGCAGUCUGCCCCGCAUAUCUUAUGUGAAGGCAAUCGAUAUCUACCUUGUUAUGUGCUUCGUAUUUGUAUUUGCUGCGUUACUCGAAUACGCCGCAGUUAAUUACACGUACUGGGGUGCUCGAGCAAGAAAACGAGCCAAAUUAAAAAACCGCGAGCAAAUCUCUACUAGCACUAGUAUGGAUAAGGAAUUCAAAUCCAGCGGUGCUCACUCCCCCGAAGAGAUUAUAGCACUGCGUGAGUACACGACUACCGCUGGUCGCGUGUCGCCGCUACCAAGCCUCCGGUCCCGACCGCUACCACCGACCACCGGCGCACCACCGUCGCUGCGGCUACAAAGGGAUUACACCAACCUGCGCUAUCGAACACGACCACAUUCGAGAAAUUCAAGAAAUGGAACCAACAAACCAAGAAUGAUACAUGCCCUGAAACGCGGCGCCACCGUAAUAAAAUCUUCGAUGCCCAAGAUACGUGACGUAAAUGUCAUUGACACGUAUUCCCGCGUGAUAUUUCCUAUCUGCUUUUUAAUUUUUAACACUAUCUAUUGGUUAUUUUACAUAUUCGAGUAACUCCUACUCGAAUAUGUAAAUACAUUCAUCUUCAUGUAAGAACCUAGAUAAAAUUUAACUUUUAAAUCUUGCAGGCGUUAAAGAAUUCAAUAUCUAUUUAUUACAUGUUUAAAUUUAUUCGUGUAUAAAGUAGAAAUACAAGCUUCUUACGUAGACGUAUGUAUAUGCCCUGAUAUUAUUGUCUCGAUUUGUGUCUAAUUCUGAAGCUACAAAGGUAACAAUAAUACAAAAUACUUCGUAACACACGCACGAAUAAAAAGAAAAUAUAUCGACGCUUGAAAGGCAACCCUUACUAAGCGACAUUCAGUAAACUUUACAGGAGAGCGAUUUAAAGUACAAAUAUAAAU